UUAUUCUUCCAGCUUGAUUACUUAUCACUACGUAUCGCUGAAUCAGUCCCGCUCAAAACACAUAAAUAUUUUCGGGUGGCAGUACCGCAGGCUGUAACUGGUCAAGCUCUAGUUGCAUUCUUGUUGGAAUUAAUGGCUUUUGAUGAUCUCACGGAUGCAUUACACUUGGCAACAUUACUUCUGCAACACGGUUAUAUAUUUCCCGUUAUCGAACAUUCACUCCUUGUUAAGGAUGACAGUACAUUAUAUAGAUUGCAGCUGCCAUAUUUUUGGCCCUCACACGCUACUCAGACCGAUAAUGUGGAAUAUGCCAUAUAUCUUAAUAAACGUCUAAUGCGGAAUGAGCAGAGGCAUGGUUUGGAAGAGGAUGAAGUUGAAGCAUACAAUAAACUUCUGGAACUUCUUGGCCAUAUGUGGGGUUUCAUUACUAUGCAAGCAGAAAUACAGUUAAAAAUUCAAAAGGAGAAAAAAAAAAGCGACAAAGUUGUAUAUGAUAGUGAGGAAAGGGCAUUUUGGAGGACUCGAAGACCAGGACAAGCAAAUUGCCUUGAGCAACACAUUCAGAAAAAAAAGAAGAAAUUACGAAAACGAACUGCUGCUAUUUAUCAAAAAGAAUUAGACUUAUUGAAGUUUACGCUUAAAACAAAGCCGUGGCUAAAAGCAGUGAAAGCUAGCGAAACUAUGGUGUCCUGGUGUGAACAAUUCUAUGAUUAUGAUCCUUUUUUGUCAACUCCACAACCUAGUAAUCCAUGGAUAUCUGAUGACACUAAUUUGUGGGUGCUAAAUACUGAUUCGGUUGAAGUGCCAACUGAACGACGGGUUAAAAGAUGGGGCCUUUCGGUGCAAGAACUGGUUCGUGACCCAAUUGGUCGACAAGUUCUCGAAACAUUCCUGGAAAGCGAAUUUUCUUCUGAAAAUAUCCGAUUUUGGAUGGCUAUUCAAGAUUUGAAGUUUUCUGCUAAUGAGCAAAUAGAGGACAAAGCCCAACACAUUUAUGAAGAAUUUUUGGCGUCCGGUGCUCCUUGUCAAGUAAAUGUUGAUUCGCGCACCCUAGCAACAACUGUAAAGUCAUUGCAAGAUGAGACUGUAGCUAAACGCCACGCAUUUUCAUCGGCCGAAGAGCAUGUAUUUACUCUGAUGAGCAAAGAUUCGUACCCAAGAUUUCUGCGUUCUCAAAUUUAUAAAGGAGUACUUUCGGCAGCUCAACAGCAAGGCUCCAAACAUCUUGGCUGGAGGAACUUCGUCUUUAGUGUGGGUAACCAAAAAAAGAUACCGCUAGCAACUAAGCAGCAAAAGAUAAGUCGGGACGAUAAUUCACAUAUUUCACUACCUAACCAGCUCAGUUCAGACCCUCCUCCAAUAAAAACACAAACACAAGGGUAA